CGCGGCUCGGGCGCGGCGGGGCGCGCGGCGGCCGCUGCAGCCGGGCGAGCCGGGGGGAGGUGGCGGUGCCGCCAUGGCGGACGGCGAGGGCUUGGUGUCCGUGAACUACGAGGUGUACGGCAAGGUGCAGGGCGUGUUCUUUCGCAAGUACACCCAGGCGGAGGCUAAGAGACUGGGGCUUGUUGGCUGGGUCCAAAAUACCAGCCACGGCACCGUUCAAGGGCAAAUCCAGGGUCCAAUUGUCAGGGUGCGGGAGCUGCAAGAAUGGCUCAGGAAGAUAGGAAGUCCCCAGUCUCGUAUCAGCCGAGCAGAAUUCAGCAAUGAGAAGAAGAUCGAGGUGCUGGAGCACAAGGAAUUCCAGAUUUUGAAAUGACCUUGUCUAGGAAGAAGCAAAGUCUGGAGCAUGAGCUGUCCUCACGGAACAUUUCCCUUCUUCCUCGCUCAUUCAGUCAACCAAUGUCCAGCUCUAGAGAACUUUAUUUUAUUAAAUUUCUAAUUUAUUGUUUUGCUGCACUGUUAGUUUGAUGCUCAGCUUUUAGCAGAAUUCCAUUGGGUAGAGGAAGAGGUGUGUUGUCUCUUUUAAAGGGGUUGUUCAGGGCCAGAACCUCUGUUUCCAAGUGUACAUGGCCUGGGGAGUUGUAUAUGAGAUAAAUCUGAAAUUUGUAGAGUGUGGUGCUCGUGUGAAAGAGAUCACAGGGUCAAUGCCGAUAGAAAACAUCGCUAAAAACAUUAUUUCUGUGCACUAAAUGCCUCAGAAACAAUUUCUUUUAUUCCAGAACUUUGUAUUUUCGUAGAAUAAAAUUGCUUGAAUUUCG